AUGAAUAAUAUAACGAAAUUUAAUAAACAUCAAUAUUCAUCUGCAUGUAUGUGUACAAGUUGUGAAAAAGUUAAUUUAUUAAAUAUGCUGCAGAAUGUAAAACCAUUUUAUAUUCAUGAAACUGUCUUGGGACAAUGUUUCUUCAAGUGUUUCUGUAAAGAAAUUUGCAAUACAGAAAAGAAACUUGAUAUGUGUGGUCAUGUUAUAAAUAAAAAAAUUGGAAGAAAUCUUCAAGAUAAAGAUAUUCCAGCUUUAUUAAUUUUUUUGAAAAAAAAUCAGGAUAUUACUCAUCUUAACUUGGCUAAUAAUAAUAUUUCAAAUCCUGGAUUUAUAAAUUUGAUUGAUCACUUUCUUCAGUAUAAAAUUAUUCAAGAUCUGGAUAUUCAAAACAAUAAUAUCUCUGACAUAGGAAUUAAUUAUAUGUUGAAAUUUGGGAUCGAUUUAAAAUUAAAAAAUCUUAAUUUGAAAGCAAAUAAAUUCAGUGAACAAACUUUAAAAAACAUUGCUCUUUUUUUAUUAAAGAAUAAACAUAUAAAUAAUUUAAAUAUUGCUGAUGUGAAUCAAACUACUUCCAGUUUGAUAUAUUUCAUAAUGGUUUUAAGCUCAGAUCAAGAAAUUUCUAAUAAAAGUCUAAAAAGUUUGGAUAUUAGCCGACCAAAUCCAAAAUGCAUGUAUUAUUUUGAUUCUGCUCAUUUUGCAGAUAUGAUUGGUCAUAUGCUUAAAUACAAUAAUACUCUAAUAGCAAUUCAUUUACAAAAAUACAACUUUAGUUGUCAUGAUAUUGAAAGUAUGAUGUUUAAUACAAAAUAUAACAAUUCAUUACAUAUAUUAGACUUAGGAUGUAACAAUAUUGGUGAUUAUGGUAUUGAUCAUAUUUCUAAAUGGUUGGCAAGAAAACCAGCUUUGAAAACUUUAAUUUUAUGCAGAAACAUCAUAACUGAUCAUGGUGCAAGGAGUUUAAGUUAUUCCAUUCCAUUUUCGAAACUUUUAUUUCUCGAUAUUUCAUAUAAUAAAAUUACUGAUAAUGGAAUGGUGAAUAUUUUAUAUACAUUGAAGAAAUGUCCUUUGUUAAGACAGCUGAAAAUAUUUGGCAAUUGCAUUGGUCAUUCAUCAGCAAAAAUAGUUAAACGAAUGUUAUUAUCUCAAGUUUUGAAUCAAGAGAAUAUAGAUGUUAGACCAUAUAAAGUAGAUCAUAAAUGGUAUUUUGCAAAAUAUGAAGGAAAUUAUUAUGAAAAAGAAAACAAUAUUCCUUAUUAUUUUUCCUCACAAAUGCAGAAAUUAACAUCUUCAAAGAUUCCUGAUUCUAUUAAAACAUGUUAUAAAUAUACAUAUUCAACUACAAGUGAAAUUAAAUCGCAACAUUUGACUGUAUCUCUAAUUUCUACAAAACUAAGCAGAAAUUAUAUAAAAGACUGCAGAUGUUGUUAUUGUUUGAAAUGUCAAGCUUCUGAUUAUGAUGAGAAAUGCAGAGAUAUUGAUCAUCCAGAUACUUGCACUUGUUGUAAAUGUAAAGGUGAUGAAAGUAGUGAAUGGUCUAUAGAUAAAUCAGUUUUGAAAAAAGUUGUAUCUCCUCCUGAUCCUGCCAAAAAUAUUGAAUAUAUUGUAAAACAAGUCAAUUCUAAGACUCGCAAAGAUAUUUUAAGAUGGAUUAAUAUUAAUGAAGAUAUCUUAGAAGAAGAUUUAAAAUUAAUUGAUCCAAGUUUAACAAAAGAAAGCGCGGAAGAAUCUGUUUCAUGCAAAUGCUCAUGGAUGCAGUUAAGCUCAUCUUUAUUACAGAAAUAUUUACAACAAUCUUCUUCAAAAAAUUUAAUCAUUAUACCAAAAGAUAACUUUAUCUGUUUAAAGGAUAAGUGCAAGAAUUUUUAUGUUAAAAAAUCUUCAUCAGAUGAUUGUGCAAAUGCAACUAGAAAUAGAUGAGAUUUUAUAGAAGUAAAGAGAAGAAUUUUUCAUUUCAAUAUUAUCAUUUUAUUAAUUAAUAUGUACAAAUUGAAAAUUUAAAAAAUAAUAAAAAAAAAUAUAAUGAAUUUUAUAUGAAUGAUUUAAUUUUUAAUUGUUUCUUUUAUUUUUUUUAUCUCUUCUCUAGUGUUUCUUAUAUUAUAUUGAUUAACAUAAUAUUUUUUCUAUUUAAUUUUUACUUUUUCAAAAACAUUUGAUUUGAAACUUCAUGAGAUAUUUUUUAUAUUUGUUUAUAUAAAAUCAUGAAUUUUAGAAAUAAUUUUAAAAUAAUGAGAAUAUAAAAUUCAUUUUCUUGAAAGUUCUAUGUUGAGCUUUUAAAUAUAUAUAUAUAUUAUCAGAUAAUGUAUAUUUCUUCUACUAUAUGAACUAACAUUAGAAUUUAUGUUGCAUGUAUAUUUUUUGAUAUAUUUUGAUUAUCAUAUAGAAGAUGGAUCAUAAAGUGGAAUAUUCAAAUUGACAUAAAUGUUAAUUCUGUUUUUAAAUGUUAAUUUUAUAUGUUGUAAACAAUACAUUAAUUAUUACAGCAAAUUAUUCAUUUUAAGUUUUAUUAUUAUUUAUAUUUAGCAAUGUAUAAAAUAUUAUUAAAUAAGAUCUAUAAAUUGAUAAAUCUAUAGGAUUAUGUUCAUAUCCCUUGAUUUAAUAUUCUGAUAUAUAUAUUUUGUCAGAAAUUUAUGAAAGUAAUUGUUGAGAUUGAAGAAACUUAAAUGGAAGUUGCUUGUGUUGUAAAGAUCAUUUAUUUUUUUUAUUAUUAGGAAUAUUUGGCAAUAUAUUAAAUGAUUUUUUCAUAA